AUGUGUUCGGGGGAAGACCAGCAAUUCAUCCAGACCAUCACUAAAACACUUAACAGCGGUAUUGCUGAGUUCAUUGUGAUGGCCGCAGACGCAGAGCCCCUGGAGAUCAUCCUCCACCUGCCACUGCUCUGCGAGGACAAGAACGUGCCCUAUGUGUUUGUGCUCUCCAAGCAGGCCCUGGGACGUGCCUGUGGGGUCUCACGCCCAGUCAUUGCCACUUCGGUCACCAUCAAGGAGGGCUCGCAGCUCAAGCCCCAGAUCCAGUCUACCCAGAUGGCCAUUGAGAGACUGCUGGUGUGA